AUGAGCACACCAACAGCUCCUUUGUUCACGUGGCCUCAAACGUCUUUACUGUCUACACGACUAGACUUUGGUCGAUUCGGAGGCUUGUCUUACAGGGAGGGGACAGGUCGCGAUAUCCAAUGGUUCUCCGCCAACAACUCAACCCAUAAACGGGUCAAUCCCAUCACACCACUCGCACAAGUAUUCCCACACACGCGUCGUUAUAGUCCAGCAGUUAAAUUAAUAAAUGAACUCGAAAGUCCGCUUGCUACCCAAUCUGUAAAAUAUUUGCAAGAAAGAUAUCCCGAAUUUGAUGUCCCAAGUGACUUUCUCGUGGAUAUUCUAGCUGAAGAAUUGAAUAAAGAGAUAAAGUCGGAAAAUUGUGAUCCAUAUGUGAGCGCGCAGCUUAUUUCGUUGGGAGAAUAUGAAGCGGGUCCAGGGCAGACAAAUAAAUUUAUGGCAUUUCCUAUUGGACAAGCCGGAUCAGAACUGUGUUUUACGCCAAUGACAUAUCACGAAAAACCGCGUGACAAAGAUCUUUCCACUGGACACUAUCAAAUGGAUUUAUCGGCUAUAUCAAAGUUAAAGUUUAAGACACCCAUUAGGCAAAUAACUACAACAUCACUCAACGCUUCAUCAUCAUCGAUUAUUGAUUUUAAACCCUUACCACCUCUAAUGGCUGUACGCACAAUGACUGGAACAACAUUCCUCCGGAUCCUCAAUAUUGACUCGGAAAUGGACAACUCUGGAUUGAAAGCUUUGACGUUGGACACCAUACCUGGUCAAAUAUCGGGAUCCUCAUUUGAUCAAAUGCAUAUUACAUUCAACCCAAUGUUAUAUGGCGAAGCAGUUAUUGUGGAUGCCGGCGGAGGUGUCUAUUUAUGGACGGCAGAAAGGAAUCAGCACAUUUCGUCGUCGAAUAUAGUAGAAACCAUAAUAGCUUCACAGGAUCAAGAGUAUGUACGGCCGACAGAUUUAUGGAGGAUCUGUGAGUUCGCAGCCCACCCUCAAUGUCUUUUUGUUGCCUCCCGAAAAACUGUGGAUCUUCUUGAUUUUAGGGCUCCUGUCACCGACACAACCACUAUCAAUCUAUUUGACAUAAAUGAUGGAGAUCAUAUAUUUGCGUUUCAACGUUUUCCUACACUUAAUUCGUUUCAGUCCAUUCUCGCAACCAGAAAUGAUAUAAUAUUGCUGGAUCAGCGUUUCCCUAACCGGGAAUUACUCAAAUGGGUUCACCAUCGUGGUGAACCUUCUGGCUUGAGCAUGAUAAAUGAUGGAGGCAAUUCAAUCGUUUUAACAUGGACGAAAAACAUACCAAAGUUAAAUGUUUUUCAAUUCUCCACGUCCGAUUUGGUGUCCGCAACCGACUUUCCUAUUUCAAUUCCAUCAUUUCACGAACAUCCAACUUUCAAUCGAUCACGCUACAUCAGAUCAACAUUAGUUUGUCAGCCAAGAUUGUAUCAAUCAACUGAAGAGACGCAACCUCCGAAAUUACCUCCUUUAGGAAGUGUCAUAUUGCUAAAAAAUGAUGUUAAGUAUCGAGAAGGGAACACCUCCGCGAAUCCCAUAAUGUGCUUUAGUGCCAUACAACUUUCGCACACAGGAGCUUUAUAUUCGCAGGAAUUUUAUUUGAACCACAAAGCUGAUACUUUUUCGGAACAAGAUACGUCAAAGCUUGAUGACACGCAAAUCAUCGAAAUGCCGGAUACAGUAAGUACUUUGCAAACCUUGGCAGACAGAGACGUCGGGACGAAUCCUGAAAUGCAGUUUAAGACAUAUCGCAUUUGGCCUCUAGACAAAAUAUGGAAUUACGCAGCCAGAGAAUUUAGGUUUCCUUUCUACAAAGAUACUAAUUCCGAUACUCUCUCAAUGAAUUCUGUGUUCUCGUCCUGGGAACUUGUUGAGACGUUCUUUGAAAAUUAUGCACAAUCGACAGGUUUUAUGUGUAGCAAGAAAUCGGUGACUUACGACAUCUUGGGAGAUGUACGAUCAGUGACCUUCUAUUGCGAGAACGGUAAACUGAUCGAAAAAACAUAUGCAAACGGGCUUAACCGAUUUUACCCUUGCACGUGGAAGGUCACUCUUAGUCGCCAAAAGCUCGAUGAUCAAAUAUUCAUAACAAAACUUUCCUGUCAACACAACCAUGAACUAUUUUCGACUUUUUAUUACUCACAGAGGAGGAUUCACAAACAAAGAAUUGAAUCACGUGGACUGGGGGAAAGGGUAAGCAAAAAAUCUAAAAAAAGUGGUAGGCCACGUGGGAGACCGAGAAAGAACGUGCAAUCAGUGAGUCAGACGCAAGAAGCCAUUGAAGAACGUUCAUGGCGUAUUACAAAAGAAGUCAUACAGACACGCAAAAUGGAUAUUAGCCACAUCUCUUGGAAUACUCGUCAUUAUCUUAAUAACAGUGAUGGACAUAUCCUAACUCCAUAUGAAAUAUUGAAAAAUGUAUCAUCUUUGGACAAUUCAAAUAAGGGAUUACAAUCAUUUAGAAAUGAGAAUACGAUAAAGAUCGUUGAUUGGAACAGCGCCGAAAUGAAGAUAACAUUAGAGCAGAUAUCGAAUAUAUACGGCGAACUUCGUCCGAUUUUUAAUUAUUCGCUUUCUUAUGGGUUCCCUUUGAACAAUACCUCUUUAAAUAAUACUGAUGAUUCAAUUAGAGAGAUUAAGGCUACCCUACGAAGACACUAUCCGUUACCUUUAUCGGAGAGAAAUCUAAUUAACCCCAGUGAGAUCAGAUGGGCCGAUGAAAAUUGGUUGCAAAAAAUAGAAAAUGACCUCAUAAACGGAUCAUUCCCUUCGAACGUCAAAGAUAAAAUAAAAAUACUCCGUGACUUCGCUAUAGAUGAAGUUGCACAUGAUCUCAUCUAUAGUUUAUAUGCUCUUGCAUCAAAUGAAGAAAGGUCCUCAAGAGAUUCUCUGACUUCACAUUUCCUUCCAAUCUCGAAGUCAACGCCAGAAGCGGCGACCCUUGAACCCAUUGGAAUUAAGUGUACUCAUUCGAAGUCAAUUUGCAAGAAGCAAGUUAUACUGGAAGAACUUCAGUCAUUCAAGCUUACAACAUUCGCACAAUCUUUGCUAGACGACUGGACCAUAGGUCAAGAUCCUAAAGAGUACGAAUUUUGUUAUAGAAUUGAUGACACUGAUACUAGAAUUCAAAGUGAAGGCGAUAUACAUCAACCAUCUUCACUAACCGUCAUCAGAAGUCCAGUCCCAACAGAUGAUCUUUCCUCUGAUGAAAAUGAAGAAAGCUUUAAUGAUUUAGGAAGACCGACUCAUUCACAAUCUUCCCAGUACGACUCAGAGGAUCUCUCGGAUAACUUUGACGCACCUACCCUUGCUCAUGCAAAAAGCCCGGUUGCACAUGAAUUUGAAGAAUCUGUAAAUCCCUCAAAUGAUACGAAAAUUGAAGAGGACAACGGCACAAAAGAGAAACCCAAAAAGAGAGCAAGGAUAUCUGGAUUUUAA